AUGAUCUCGACCCCCCAGGGAUAUCGGGUUCCACCCAACGUGGCUCCUGGUGCAUUGCGCCCCAUUGAGCGGAUGAUGUCCAUGCCGGCAUGCAAAUAUGCACCGCAAGUGGCGUCACCAUCAACGCUGCACCGAGCGGUGGUUGGGGUGCCUUCUGGGGCAGAGGCUGCGCCUCGGCCCACUCUGUCACCCUCCGCAACAGCAAACUGGGUGGCGUACUCAAGCCCACGCGUACCAGCGCAUCCGGCACUCUCAUCCACUGCCAGGUCACAGUUCGUCCAUCCAAUGGUCUCACCGCGGAUGAUACCAGAGGUUGCCGUGGACGUGCUUAGCCGCUCCCGCGAGGCCUUCAUUGUUUGUACCGGUCCAGCCCGCUCCACUGUGGCAGCAGGUCAUUUUGGGGCCUCACCACCCACCUCGCCGCGAUUCGAUGCUCCGCAAUCGCCAAGGUUGACGACACACGCCCGGCCCGGUCAAAACGUGCAGCAGCAGGCACGGCCUUCUUUGUGGGAGCAGCAUCAUCAGCAGGCCCUCCGGCAAAUGCGCCGUCCAGCGCCGGCUGAGGGCCCACUCCCGUCACAAAGCCGGCUCGUUCCAGGUGCAGCGUCGCGGCCGCCCACUCGGGAGUCGAGCAAGGUCAUCACCACGCAGGCAAAAGUCGCACAGCCGGCAGAUCUGCCGACUCCCUGUGAGACCAUGACUGCGACGGGGAUGACUACGAUGACAGCUUCUCUGCCCAGCCGGAGUGAGCAUGUGCCCGCUUCGGGGACGAUGUCUCAGGUGCUGGAAGAGGCCCCGCAGUUGCCACAAGUGCCUGUGGAGCAGACAUCAGUUCCCCAAGCACGAGCUGGCUCGGGGCCCCAGCAACAAGCGCCGGCCAACCAAGAAGCGGAUUCCGUGGAUGCCCGAGCAGGGACAGCAACAGCCGAGGACUCUGGGCCAAAGGUUGCCUCGAGGCCACGGCCAUCAGCUUCGCCGGCUUCGCCGGCUUCGCCGGCCUCGCCGGCUUCGCCAUCGCCACCGGUGAGUGCACCGAUCCAGGCCCCAGGAGCGGCACAAGGAGGCCUGGGAGGACCCAGCGGCCCCAGCACAACGCCUCAAUCUCCCCAGAAGGACGCGAACAGUCAGAGUACUGGGCGUGAGGCGUUUGACUCUCCGCGGGACGCUUGCUACACAACUUGCAAGGGCCCGCAGGGCCCCCUGCAGGGCCCGCAGGGCCCGCAGGGCGCUCCAAGUGAGCCACUGAUGGCACGCUUGGCCUUCCUCGAGGCAACUGGUCAUUCCCAGUGUGGGUCGGAGCAGGCACAGGCCACGGACCGUGCCAACUUACUUGCGCACAUCCAUCGGCAGCAGGAGCAGCUGAACCGGUUAGAGGCCCUGGCGGAGGAGAACGCGGAACUUCGGGCCCAGUUGCAGCGCCCCAAACGGGCUAAGGCGCCGGCCGAAACUACGAGGAGAGAGCCGCGCCUUAGAGAAGGUCCAGCAGUGGCUGCAAGUACGACACCUGCUUUCCGAGAUUCACCACCACCAACGAUGCCGCUGAGGCGAUUUCGCACGGCGCCAGGGGAGGUGAGGACGCAGGCAGAUGCACCAAUUGUUCUCACGGCGCGCACAGCGCCCCGCAGCCCCGGGGGAGGCGGCCGCGGCGUCCCCUCGGAGGCCAAGGUGGCCAUGGUCGAGCAGACCCUGGCAGAGCUGGAAAGGGCUCUUGGCCUGGCUGCAGAGAACAAGCAGCUCAUUGUCGAGAAGUGA